CACUGGAAAUUUUGCACGAACACCUAAAAAAAAAAAACUCCAAACGCUCUGAACCUCCACCAAAAAAAAAAAAAAGCCAUCAAAGACAAAAGCCAAAGUCUCUCGCAGAAACCGCUUCGGAGAUCGUACUCUGUAAUAACGAAGGAUCUAAUCAACAAGCUUUUGUUCUGUCCUUAUCGUACGCCUGGGUUAUCCAUUAACGUACGCACUCUCUUCUGAGGGAGAUUAAAAGUGAGCUUGUCCGAACCGAUAGAAAACCCAUCCCCACUUGCAGAUUUGAUUGUGAAGAGAAGCACUUCGGGCUGUUGGUUCUCUGUCUCGAGGGUUUUGUUAGGGACAUGGAAGCAAACAAAUGAAACCCUUGUCUGGUUCAUGCAGCAUGUAGGUCUUGUUUUUGGGUGCAAUUUAACCUAUAAAGAUGAAGUUUUUGGAUUCUCUCUCUCUGUGGUAAAGUCUUCGAUUUUAGGUUUUUGGGAUUCUCUGUCUGGUGGGAGAUGGGGGAGCUACAAGGGGGUCGCAAAUAGAAGAAGAAUUAGUUGAAAGCUUUGAUUUUCUCGGAGAUCUAUCUUCCCCAGAUACAGAUAAUGGCGAACCCUUGGUGGGUCGGAAAAGUCGCCAUGAGAGGCGUAGAUCAUCACCCAGUUACAUCGUCAGCUCCAUCGUUACACCUAACGAACACCUCGAGCUCGACAGGCGAAGAUCGGAUCAGGCUGAGCCGGUCGGAUCCGAGAUUGGACCAAGACUUCGACAGUGGAAGUCCAAACGCUCAAAACCUAGAAGAACAGAUCAGCCGAGAAGAACCGGGACAGGAUAACCAACCCCAGACCCGGACCGGGUCUGGAUCUGGUAUGCCCGGACGACGCCCUCGGGGAAGACCGCCCGGUUCGAAGAACAAACCGAAGGCUCCCGUAUUGGUCACAAAGGAGAGCCCCAACUCGCUGCAAAGCCACGUGCUUGAGAUAGCCAACGGAGCUGAUGUGGCGGACAGCCUCAACGCCUUUGCUCGACGGCAAGGCCGAGGCAUCUCGGUGCUCAGCGGGAGCGGCAUGGUUACCAAUGUGACGCUGAGGCAACCGGCUGCACCAGGCGGAGUGGUGAGCCUUGUCGGGCGGUUCGAGAUUCUGUCCAUGUCCGGAGCCUUCUUGCCAACCUCCAGGUCUCCGGCUGCAGCGGCAGGCUUAACCAUUUACCUCGCGGGAGGGCAAGGUCAGGUGGUGGGAGGCUGCAUCGCGGGGCCACUCAUGGCCUCGGGGCCAGUUAUUGUCAUCGCGGCUACUUUCAGCUAUGCUACGUACGAGAUGCUGCCAUUAGAGGAUAAUAACGAGAAGAAGCAAGGUGAAGUGAAGGGGGAGAAUGGUAAUAAGGAGAGUGGGAAUGAAAGCAAUGAAGGGUCUAUACCCAUACCGAUGUGUAACACGUCUCAUGGUUUAACGGCUAACGACCAAAUGCCGCACCACGACGUGUAUUGGGCGGCUCUGCCGAGACCUCCUCCGUCAUAUUGAAGUACAGAUAAGAGAGAUCACGACGUGUUUCCGAUCUGUUUGAAUGUUUUAGGGUUUUAGGGUUUAUUUCUUGUUUUUUUCGUGUGAAUCUGGAAGGCCUAGUCAGGGUUUUACUGUUUUUUUAUUAAGUUUUUGGUAACGGAAGAUCAUGCUUGAUGUCCAGGUUGAUACAUUCAUAUACGUAUAUAUGUAUAUGUAUAUAUUAAAAGAGUUUUAGUGUA